AUGGUCGGCCGACAGAACACGCGCUCCUCUCACGAUGGAGCCAGGUCAACGCGCACCUCGAAGCGCUACUCCAUGACGGCCUUGUACCUGUCUAUGAAUGCCAACCCGCGCGAACUCGAGAUUGAAGAUGACCUUGCUCGCGUCCUCCGUGACCUCAAGUCAAGAAUCUCGUCCCAGUCCAAGAAGAACUUUGUGUUGGAGAAGGAUGUGCGAUACCUCGACUCGAGAAUUGCCUUGCUCGUGCAGAACCGUAUGGCCUUGGAGGAGGUUCGUCCUGAAGCCUGUCACAUAUCUUCGAAGCCGGCUGACCCAGACACAGNNCGCAACGAAGUAGCCGACCACCUAGACGAGUCCGACGAACUCACCGAGGGUGCCUUUCCCAACGACGACAAGACGCAGAAAUAUGGCAAUCUGUUGUUCCUCCUUCAGUCCGAGCCGAAACAUAUUGCCCACCUGUGUCGCCUGGUGACGCUGUCCGAAAUCGACCAGCUGCUGCAGACAGUCAUGUUCACCAUCUACGGAAACCAGUACGAGAGUCGUGAAGAGCACCUACUGCUCACCAUGUUCCAGUCUGUUCUGACGUACCAAUUCGACAACACGCCCGACUACUCCUCCCUUCUUCGUGCCAAUACCCCCGUUUCCCGCAUGAUGACAACCUACACACGCAGAGGUCCCGGUCAAGGUUACCUGAAGACAGUCCUAUCCGAAAAAAUCAACUAUGUUACUAGCAAGCUGCGCGACGUCGACCUCGAAAUCAACCCGCUCAAGGUGUACGAGACUAUGAUGGCCGAACGUGCUUCGGUCCGCGGUUCAACCUCGAGUCUGCCCNCCGGUGGCGUCACUGCCGAAGAGGCUGCUGCAAACCCUCAAGUCCAGGCUAUCAUCAGCCGCAGGGUUGGCCAAUUGAUUCAACUUGCCACCUACUUCCUUGACACGAUUGUCAACGGAAUGGACGAGACGCCAUACGGUAUUCGAUGGAUAUGCAAACAGAUUAGGAGUCUCUCGAGGAGAAAAUAUCCGGAUGCCCAGGACCAGACAAUCUGUACCUUGAUCGGCGGUUUCUUCUUCCUGCGUUUCAUCAACCCUGCCAUAGUCACUCCCAGGUCGUAUAUGCUUAUUGAGCAGAACCCUGCCGAGAACCCUAAGCGCACCCUUACCCUGGUACNNGUCGCCAAGAUGCUCCAGAAUCUGGCAAACAAGCCCUCUUACGCCAAAGAACCGUACAUGUCCGUACUUCAACCCUUCAUCCAACAAAACAAAGAACGCAUGAACAAGUUUCUGCUCGAUUUGUGCGAGGUACAAGAUUUCUACGAGACGCUGGAAAUGGACAACUACGUCGCCCUCUCCAAAAAGGACCUCGAACUGCCCAUUUCGCUUAACGAAGUUUACGCUAUGCACGCACUUCUCGAGAAGCACACCGAGGAGCUGGUAGUAAGAGACGAGGGCUCGCAUUUGAAGAUCCUCCUGCAAGAUCUGGGUCCAGCACCAGCACAGCUACCAAGAAAGGAAAACCGUGCCAUCAACCUCCCUUUGUACAGCAAAUGGGAGACAGCACUAGAUGAUCUGACGGCUGCACUCGACAUUACUCAAGAGGAGGUAUUCUUCAUGGAAGCCAAGUCAACCUUCGUCAUGAUCCUUCGCUCGUUGCCCUCGAAUGCAGUGGUUGCGCGACGACCACUUCGUCUUGACAGAGUCGCUGAAGCAGCCGCCACCACAAAGAACGACUCGGUCAUGGUGCGCAAAGGUAUCCGUAGCAUGGAGCUGCUGAGCCAGUUGAACGAUAUGGGCAUGAUUGACAAAGCGGAUAAUUACGCUUCUCUACGCGAUGAAGUAGAGCAGGAACUGAACCACCUCGGCUCGUUGAAAGAAAAGGUCCUGAACGAGAGUCAAAAGCUCGAGGAGGUGUACCAGACAAUCAGAGAUCACAACGCAUACCUUGUCGGCCAGCUCGAGACUUACAAGUCAUAUCUUCACAACGUCAGAGGACAGUCCGAGGGAACGACCAAACGAGUUCAGAACCAGAAAGUGCUUGGACCCUACAAGUUCACGCACGCGCAGCUGGAGAAGGAAGGCGUCAUCCAGAGGAGUAAUGUGCCCCCGAACCGACAAGCGAACAUCUACUUCAAUAUGACCAGCCCGAGUCCUGGAACAUUUAUCAUCUCCUUGCAUUACAAGGGCCGUAAUCGCGGACUACUCGAACUGGAUUUGAAGCUCGACGAUUUACUCGAGAUGCAAAAAGACAGCCAAGAAGAUCUCGAUCUGGAAUACGUGCAGUUCAACGUGUCAAAGCUGCUCGUCCAUCUCAACAAGAAGUUUGCACGGAAACGAGGCUGGUAG